GGUACUUGUCGAUCAUAUGAUCCUUCAACUUUGCCAUCGUCUGAUCUUGGGAAAGGGAGUAUCCCUCAACGUUCAUCAAAGUCCGUGAUUUUAGUUUGUAAUACAUUUAAGUUUUAAGGUUUCAGUUCCAAAAAUUCUACAAAAUGGCACUGAGCGAUGCAGAUGUCCAGAAACAGAUAAAGCACAUGAUGGCUUUCAUUGAGCAAGAGGCCAACGAAAAAGCAGAAGAAAUCGAUGCGAAAGCAGAGGAAGAAUUCAACAUCGAGAAGGGUCGUCUCGUUCAGCAGCAGAGAUUGCAGAUCAUGGAGUAUUUUGAAAGGAAGGAGAAGGAUGUCGAACUACAGAAAAAAAUACAGUCAUCCAACAUGCUGAACCAGGCGCGCCUCAAGGUGCUGAAGAUGCGUGAGGACCACGUGCGCGACGUGCUGGACGAAGCACGGAGGAGGCUCGGGGAGGUGACGCGCAACCCCACCCAGUACUCCCAGAUCCUCAGGUCGCUCACGGUGCAAGGCCUGCUGCAGCUGCUGGAGGCGGAGGUGACCCUGCGCGUGCGAGAGCCCGACCACGCCCUCAUGCAGGGCGUGCUGCCGGCCGCAGCACAGGAGUACAAGGGCUUCACGGGCAAGGACGUCAAGCUCAAGCUGGACUCCGAGUCCUUCCUGCCGCCCGACACCACCGGAGGGGUGGAGCUGCUUGCGCAGAACGCUCGCAUCAAGAUCAGCAACACGCUGGAGGCUCGCCUCGAGCUCAUCGCCCAGCAGCUGGUUCCCGAGAUCAGGAACGCCCUUUUCGGCCGCAACCCCAACCGCAAGUUCGCCGAGUAGGACCGUCCCUCCUCGCUCGCCUCCUUUCCCCCUCCCCCUCCCCCUCCCUGCUCCGCCCUGCCUCACAGUCCGAUGAUGUAUCUCCUCUGUGGCUGACAGCGUCGUGUUCACCCUUGGCUUCCUGCAGACUUGUAUUGAUGUGUAGUUGUGCGCAGAAAUUUCUCGUAACUUUCUUGUUUGAAAUUUUAUUUAUUAGAGGAAUUCGUCUGCAAUUUCCUUUUCUUUAGUACAAAUAAUUCACACAGUUGAGAUCAGAUAUGAGUUUCUUUAGUAAUGUUGUGACAGGGUUGUACGGUUGGUGUAACGUAAUCAAAGUUUUGCCUUAUCUACUGAUAUUUGUGAACCCAGUAACUGAUGUUUUGGUUAGGUCGUGGUAUUAUUGAUUAGGGUGAAGCUAGACCAGGAUUAAAAGAGUUUUAAUUUCCUGUCCGUCCCCAGCAUUGGUGCGUGUAUUUGUUAUGUCACUGCAAGAAAGAGUUCAGCAGGGUAGUGACCCGGUUGUGUGAAAACGGAUUUACUAUUAGAUUCAAAAACCCUUUAAUCAUUGCACUUUUAGCAUUUUUCUUUUUGUGCAAACAUGUAGUCACUAACUACAAUCCAACCCACUGUUCUUGCUAAGUGUGCUUUCCACCUUCACAUUCCAGUGUUAUGAAUCCAAAUUAAUCUUUUAGAGACUGUCUUCUACAUUCCAGAUAAACAUACUGAAAUUUAACUAAAUAAUAUUAAAUCAAAUUUAUAAAGUCUUGCAAAGUCACCUAAAAUAAAUUCAUUUGCUAUGUACUUAAAAAGGUUUUUUUUACACUUGAAAACAGAGUGUUUAUUUUAGGUUGUGACUUACUAUACGAAUAUUGUUUGAAAGUUUGCAUGGUAGUCACAGAAGUAAAUACAUCUUGGAUUUUGAUGUUAGUGCCUGGUAGUAUCAAAUGUAGUAUGCUCGUUAGCUUGAGAAAAAAAAAAGUAUAAAUGCGUGAAGAAAAAAAAGAUUAUGAAUAUUUUCUUAAUCACCCCAAUUCACCAUUAUUAUUUUUUUGUUCUUGUUUUACUGAAAUUUGUAAAUAGCAUUUGUAAGAUAUGUUAACUGAUUCUGAAAAACUUCAAAAAUGUUAUCCUGUAAGGUUUCAACUUAUACACCAAUGUUGUUCAUGAAAACCCUGUAUUCUGUAAUCAGAACUGUUCGAAAAA